UUCACUCACAAACGCACCCUCACCAACCCUAGAUCCUCCUGAACCCUAUCAGAGCCACCAUCACCAUCUCCUCUUUCUUUCAUUCUGCUUUUCUCCUCGCGUCGCCAGAAGCUAAGGUCGGUUCGGGGCUGUUGUUGGCGUCGCCGUUUCUCUGUCCGAGCUCUCUCUGUCGCUGCUUCUCUGCUCUUCACAGUUGGUCGUCGCCGCUUCUCCGCUCCUCGCCGUGGGUCGUCGCUGCUUCUUCUCUCCUUGCCGUGCGUCGUUUCUGCUUCUCCCCUCGUCGCCGUUUUUGGCUGUGGCCCCUUCUCUGCUCCGGCAGUCUUGUCGUCGCUGCUGCUCUACUCCGCACCGUGUCUCACCGUCGUUGCUUCUCUGUUUCGCGUUACCGAGGUUUCCAAUUUGAAUUUCUGUCUCCCUGCUCUCUCCUUCGCUGCCAAUCCAGAUAACCAAAGAACGCAGAAAAGACACCCCGCAGGCCGCUGUUCCUUCACUGCAUUCUUAGCGCCAAACACACACACCUUCCAUGGAGUUAAUUGCUUCUUCUUCCACAUUCUGCCCCGUCGCAACUCCCCCUCUAACUUCCUCACUCCCACCUCGUUCUUCUUCUUCUACUGCUUCCUUCCCCUUUCCUCCUCCUCCUCUCAGAGGCUGCGCUUGCAGAGCCAUACUCAGCACCCACACCACCCAGAAGGAGAAGAACGGCAUGCUCGGAGCUCGUUCCUAUGAUUUGGACCAACUUUCUGGUUUGACUGCUUUGUCCCCAUUGGAUGGCCGCUAUUGGGGGAAAGUUAAGGAAUUGACUCCUUUUAUGAGUGAAUAUGGCCUCAUCUACUAUAGGGUUCUUGUUGAGAUAAAAUGGUUGUUGAAGCUGUCUCAGAUUCCUGAAAUUGUUGAGGUUCCGAGUUUCAGUGAAGAUGCCAAGUCUUAUUUACAAGGCGUGAUUGAUGGCUUUAGCGUGAGUGAUGCCUUAGAGAUAAAGAAUAUUGAGAAGGUGACUAAUCACGAUGUUAAGGCAGUGGAGUACUUCUUGAAACAAAAAUGCCAAUCAAAUGCUGAAGUGGCUAAGGUGCUUGAAUUUUUUCACUUUGCUUGCACGUCCGAGGAUAUAAAUAACCUCGCCCAUGGGUUGAUGCUGAAAGAAGCAAUGGGAUCUGUUAUGUUUCCUAUCAUGGAUAAAAUAAUUAAAUCCUUCUGUAACAUGGCUAAAGAUAAUGCUCAAGUCCCAAUGCUUUCUCGCACUCAUGGACAGCCAGCUUCACCAACAACUUUGGGAAAGGAAAUGGCUAUAUUUGCUGUGAGAUUAAGCAGAGAAAGGAAGGAAUUAUCUCAGGUUGAGUGUUUGGGGAAAUUUGCUGGUGCGGUUGGAAAUUACAAUGCACAUGUUGUUGCAUAUCCUGAUGUUAACUGGCCUCAAAUUGCAGAAGAGUUUGUAAAAUCUCUUGGAUUAAGUUUUAAUCCUUAUGUUCCUCAGAUUGAAACUCAUGACUACAUGGCGAAGCUAUUUCAUUCGCUCAUCCAGUUCAACAAUAUAUUAAUUGAUUUUGAUAGAGACGUAUGGGGCUAUAUAUCCUUGGGUUAUUUUAAGCAGAUCACAAAGGCUGGGGAGAUUGGGUCGUCAACUAUGCCUCACAAAGUGAAUCCUAUUGAUUUUGAAAAUAGUGAAGGUAAUCUAGGUGUUGCUAAUGGAGGCCUGUCUCAUCUAAGCAUGAAAUUGCCAAUUUCACGAUGGCAGAGGGACUUGACUGAUUCAACUGUCUUACGAAACAUGGGUGUAGGAAUUGGUCAUUCCCUUCUUGCUUACAAAAGCACACUUCAAGGAAUAGGAAAGCUUCAGGUUAACGAAGCUCGCUUGAGUGAAGACUUGAAACAAUGCUGGGAGGUGCUAGCUGAACCGAUACAAACUGUUAUGCGAAGAUACGGUGUUCCGGAGCCUUAUGAGAAGUUAAAAGAGCUUACGAGAGGGAGAGCGGUUACAAAAGAGAGCAUAAGAGACUUCAUUGAAGGCUUAGAUAUUCCGGAAGCUGCAAAGACGAAUCUGUUAAAGUUGACACCGGAUACAUACAUUGGAGCAGCAGUAGAAUUGGCGAGGACUGUGGAACAGGCAGCGGAUUUGUUAUGAAUCGAAUACAAAAAAAAAAGAUUCUCGAAACUAGCAGUUAGAGCAGUUUGCUACAGAACUGCCAAGGCAUUUUUGUCAUAGAACCUCACCAACCAAGAGUGAUUAUUAGUUGCUUGAAAGAAUAUUUAAAUAACAUGCUGCACAUAAUGUUCCCUGAUUAUGAAAAACUAUAGGGAAUAAGGGAUUUUGCAAGUGAUAGGCAAAUUGUAUUAUAGAUUUUCAUGCUUCAGAAAGGCCUGAAAAAUAAGGAAAUAGGUUUGAAGUAUA